CACACCACGAAAAAGUCAAAUGUGACAUUUCAGUUUUGGGGAUCAAAAUUUCAGUUAAAAUGUCUGAUACUGACCGAUUACCUGUUUUUCCGUCACAAGGGACCCGCAUGAUGAUGAAACAUCGCCUUAUGGGAGCCCAGAAAAGCCACUGUUUACUAAAACGCAAAAUCGAUGCACUUCAGUACCGUUUUCGGACAAUUUUAAAAAAGAUAAUUGACACCAAGGCCCUGAUGGCGGAAGUAAUGAAAGAAGCGGCUUUCUCGUUAACAGAAGCCAAAUUUGCAAACCCUGAUUUCGUGUACAUGGUUACGAAUUCAAUUCCAAAGAAAGCUUUAGUUAAAAUUAAAACACACACUGAAAACGUUGCAGGUGUGACUUUGCCUCAUUUUGAUUAUGUCGUUGAAGGGACUGAUAGUUUUGGCCUCGCUGGACUAUCCAGAGGCGGCCAACACUUGUCCAAACUCAAAAAAAGUUUCCAAGAAGCGGGGAAACUCCUAGUCGAUUUAGCCACCCUCCAGACCUCUUUCAUUACCCUCGACGAAGUUAUCAAAGUUACCAAUCGGAGAGUCAACGCAAUUGAGUAUGUAAUAAUUCCGAAAAUCGAACGUACUGUGAGAUACAUCAUUUCCGAGUUGGACGAGUUAGAACGCGAGGAGUUCUACCGCUUGAAAAAGAUCCAAGACAAGAAAAAAUUAAAAACACAACGCGAAGCCGAAUUUCAGAAGAGAAGACAUUUUUUGGAAGCGGCAACUGCAUGGGAAGUGGACGACGACGACUUUAUUUUUGAUUAAAUAAACUUUUUCCCCUU